UGCCACAUCCGUGUGAUUGAUACAUUUGGCACAGAGCCGGCCUACAACCAUGAGGACUACGCCACCCUGCAUGGCUACAGGACCAACUGGGGUUACUGGAACCUCAACUGCAGGCAGUACAUGACCAUGUUCCGUGAGUGAACUCUGAGCAUAUUCUCUCUUCUGACACUGGAUGUGAGGGGAAUGGGGUUGCACUUGUUUAUCAGGUAUCAACCUCAGAAAGAAAGAAAGUGGGACAUGGUAAUAGGGCUUUUGGUGGAGGUUUGGCUUUUGGAGUGUGUGUGUGGGCACAGAUGUUGUGGGGCGCUUGUGUAGGCCUCUGGCCUCUCACAGUGGAAGCUCAGGGCAGAGAGACGAGGAGGACCCUGGGAGGGUAGCAGCAGCUGUGGCCAAACAGAUGCGUAGAGCAACACACUAGAACUUAGCACCAUUUGGCUCUCGCUCGCUCACAAGCACACACGUAGAGCUCAGACAUCCAACUGGGAUCAGUGGAAGGAGAGGAGACUUCAGCUGUGUGUGUGCUCUUCCAAUUAACUCAGUGAGCAUAGCUUCUGUGGAAGUCCUGCUGUUUUGGAAAUACACAUUGUAAUCGCAAGCCAUGGCUUUUUUGUUUUUCAUGUGUACUGGAAAUACUCAGGCCUUGUUUUGAUUCCUGGUUUAUGGAGUGACCACUGUCCUUCUCUUAGGUGAUGUGGUCCCAGCUAGUCAAAACUAUUCCUUUAACCACUAUGUCUCUUUAUUCCUACAUCUUACUCAACAUGCUUCUGAGUUGCAUUUGAAACUGAAUGUCAAGAUUUAGUUUAGUGUUUGACUUUGACUUAUUGAGCCUGACACUUUGCUAUGUUUGCCCCUCACAGCACACACUCCAGACAACUCUUUCAUGGGUUUUGUGGCUGAGGAGCUGAACGACACAGAGAGGCUGAGCAUCCAGAGGAACAAGGUGGACAGCAUGGCAGUGGUGUACGGCAAAGAGGCCAGCAUGUGGAAGGUGAUCAUAUGGAUAUCAAUGUUCAAUUUCUACAGCACUAAUGUCACAACUCAAGCAAAGAAAACUAUAUUGCUGAGAGUAACAUUUGACUGACACCCCAAUGGGCAUAUCACCUGCUCCUGUCUACAUGAUAUCAACAAACAAAUGACUUUUCCCCUACUAAGCUGUGUAGUCCAGUUGAGAUGGCAUCUCAACAUAUUUACACAAGUCAGCAGUGUGUUAUAUGCUGCAGUGUAUUCUGUCAUGAUGUGAUAAAUGGAGUGCACCCCACUCCCAGAGACAAGCUGAAACUAAGUUAUUCUUGCCCAUCUGCCAAGCAUGACACUUCAAUCCACUAGGUAUAUGUAUGUACGCCCAGAGACGUGUGAGGGUUGUUGAAGUGGCAAUUGUUUUUGUUUAGUGUAAAUUCUCCCUCCAAGCUACAGGAAAAAGGCAUCACAUAUUGAUGUGUCUGGCUGCCUCCCCGUGGUUAGGUGCACAUGAAUUGGCUGGAUUUGAUCUCUCACUCUCUACGCUUAUUGAAUUCCCCCUCACUCUGAACAGUUUGAGGUACGGCGUGCGAGGUAUAACAUUUAUGAGUGUGAGAGAUUGCCAUGUGAAUGCCAUCUGUGUCUGGGCCUCCCUCGACACUGGGACUACCCCUCACUGCUUCUGGCAUCAUCCUCAGCUCUCAGGUUCAUGUGCCUGUCAGCUAUGUGUUGUACUGCAGCUGUAUGUGUACAAGGAGACAACAUGACUAUCAUUUUAUCUCUCCCACUCACUGUCUCUCUCUUGUCUUUUCUCCUUCCCACAUGGUUUCCUCUUGUUCUGAUCUCAUGAAAUGUUGAUGGAUCCCUUCCAGCUCCAAGUAAGUAUACCUGCACUUCCUGUCAAUGAUUGACAUUUUGAACACCAUCUGAAACUUUGUUUUACUUUGAGCCAUGGUACAGACUGUCCCUGGUUUUUGAUUUCUCUGCAGAUUCAUUUUAUAGAGAUUGAUACUGUUCAUACGCAAUGUAUGCAUUAAUGUUCCAUUAAAUGUGCCAGACAGUUAACUAAAAUCAUUUUGGAAUGAGUCAACAGCUUUAGCUUUUUAGAAGAAAGAAAGAUCUUUCAGGUGAAUCAUCUUUAUCUACCACAAAGAUAAAGAUACUGGAGUUUUCAUAAAAAGGCCUGAGGGUUGUUAUGCGUUCAGCCUGGUCUGUCUGCACAUCUUCUGUCAUCUCCCUGUCAGAUCAAUAAACUGCUGCCCUAUGACAGGUUUAGGAAAAUACAAAAGGUGGAGCUUUAAUCAGUACUCAGAAUGUCAGCUCUCUACUAAUUAUAGUUUUACUUUGUUUGCUCUUUUAUAUUGAGCAUCUGCAAUGACAUCAGUGGCUCUAUGUACAACUGUUUGUGGAAAGGUUCUUAGUCUACAGAGGGAAAGCUCAUACAUGUUUAUUUAUAUUGUGUUCAGUACAAAUGUUCUAUGUUAGGCUUAGUAUGCCACUGAAGAUUUGAAACAACACAACAUUCUCACCACUCUAUAUGUAAAUCACAACUUUGAGAGGAAUGCAUACAGUUUUAAUGAUGUUAUUACAAUUCAUUUCUCAACAGGAAAGGUUUUUGAGCUGUUUAAAUACAGUUGAAGUCGGAAGUUUACAUACACCUUAGCCAAAUACAUUUAAACUCCAGUUUUUCACAAUUUAUGACAUUUAAUCCUCUUAAAAAUUCCCUGUCUUAGGUCAGUUAGGAUCACCACUUUAUUUUAAGAAUGUGAAAUGUCAGAAUAAUAGUAGAGAGAAUGAUUUAUUUCAACUUUUAUUUCUUUCGUCACAUGCCCAGUGGGUCAGAAGUUUACAUACACUCAAUUAGUAUUUGGUAGCAUUGCCUUUAAAUUGUUUAACUUGGGUCAAACGUUUCGGGUAGCCUUCCACAAGCCUCCCACAAUAAGUUGGGUGAAUUUUGGCCCAUUCCUCCUAACAGAGCUGGUGUAACUGUGUCAGGUUUGUAGGCCUCCUUGCUCACACACGCUUUUUCAGUUCUGCCCACAAAUGUUCUAUAAGAUUGAGGUCAGGGCUUUGUGAUGGCCACUCCAAUACUUGACUUGUUUGUCCUUAAGCCAUUUUGCCACACCUUUGGAAGUAUGCUUGGGGUCAUUGUCCAUUUGGGAAGUACUCAUUUGCGACCAACGCUCCUAACCUUCCUGACUGAUGUCUUGAGAUUUGCUUUCAAUAUAAAUCCACACUACUUUUCCUUCCCAUGAUGCCAUCUACGAUGCACCAUUUGCAUGAUGAUGCUUGCUUCACAUAUACUCCUUGACGAUAAACUAAGAUUUCCAAAAAUCAGAUGCCAUCUUUUGGAUGCACCAUUAUACCCUUUGUUGGCAAUGACACAGGUCAAACGUUUUCUGUAAGUCUUCACAAGGUUUUCACACACUGUUGCUGGUAUUUUGGCCCAUUCCUCCAUGCAGAUCUCCUCUAGAGCAGUGAUGUUUUGGGGCUGUCGCUGGGAAACACGGACUUUCAACUCCCUCCAAAGAUUUUUUAUGGGGUUGAGAUCUGUAGACUGGCUAGGCCACUCCAGGACCUUGAAAUGCUUCUUACGAAGCCACUCCUUUGUUGCCUGGGCGGUGUGUUUGGGAUCAUUGUCAUGCUGAAAGACCCAGCCACGUUUCAUCUUCAAUGCCCUUGCUGAUGGAAGGAGGUUUUCACUCAAGAUCUCACGAUACAUGGCCCCAUUCAUUCUUUCCUUUACACGGAUCAGUCGUCCUGGUCCCUUUGCAGAAAAAUAGCCCCAAAGCAUGAUGUUUCCACCCCCAUGCUUCACAGUAGGUAUGGUGUUCUUUGGAUGCAACUCAGCAUUCUUUGUCCUCCAAACACGACGAGUUGAGUUUUUACCAAAAAGUUCUAUUUUGGUUUCAUCUGACCAUAUGACAUUCUCCCAAUCCUCUUCUGGAUCAUCCAAAUGCACUCUAGCAAACUUCAGACGGGCCUGGACAUGUACUGGGGACACGUCUGGCACUGCAGGAUUUGAGUCCCUGGCGGCGUAGUGUGUUACUGAUGGUAGACUUUGUUACUUUGGUCCCAGCUCUCUGCAGGUCAUUCACUAGGUCCCCCCGUGUGGUUCUGGGAUUUUUGCUCACCGUUCUUGUGAUCAUUUUGACCCCACGGGGUGAGAUCUUGCGUGGAGCCCCAGAUCGAGGGAGAUUAUCAGUGGUCUUGUAUGUCUUCCAUUUCCUAAUAAUUGCUCCCACAGUUGAUUUCUUCAAACCAAGCUGCUUACCUAUUGCAGAUUCAGUCUUCCCAGCCUGGUGCAGGUCUACAAUUUUGUUUCUGGUGUCCUUUGACAGCUCUUUGGUCUUGGCCAUAGUGGAGUUUGGAGUGUGACUGUUUGAGGUUUGUGGACACGGUGUCUUUUAUACUGAUAACAAGUUCAAACAGGUGCCAUUAAUACAGGUAACAAGUGGAGGACAGAGAGACCUCUUAAAGAAGAAGUUACAGGUCUGUGAGGCCAGAAAUCUUGCUUGUUUGUAGGUGACAAAUACUUAUUUUCCACCAUAAUUUGCAAAUAAAUUCAUUAAAAAUCCUACAAUGUGAUUUUCUGGAUUUUUUUUCCUCAAUUUGUCUGUCAUAGUUGACGUGUACCUAUGAUGAAAAUUACAGGCCUCUCUCAUCUUUUUAAGUGGGAGAACUUGCACAAUUGGUGGCUGACUAAAUAAUUUUUUUCCCCACUGUAUUUUGUUUUUUGUGAAGUGCACCAGUCCCUCCUGCAGCAAAGCACCCCCACAGCAUGAUGAUGCCACCCUCGUGCUUCACGGUUGGGAUGGUGUUCUUCGGCUUGCAAGCUACCCCUUUUUUCCUCCAAACAUAACGAUGGUCAUUAUGGCCAAACAGUUCUAUUUUUGUUUCAUCAGACCAGAUGACAUUUCUCCAAAAAGUAUGAUCUUUGUCCCCAUGUGCAGUUGCAAACCGUAGUCUGGCUAUUUUAUGGCGGUUUUGGAGCUGUGGCUUCUUCCUUGCUGAGCGGCCUUUCAGGUUAUGUCGAUAUAGGACUUGUUUUACUGUGGAUAUAGAUACUUUUGUACCUGUUUCCUCCAGCAUCUUCACAAGGUCCUUUGCUGUUGUUCUGGGAUUGAUUUGCACUUUUCGCACCAAAGUACGUUCAUCUCUAGGAGACAGAACGCGCCUCCUUCCUGAGUGGUAUGAAGGCUGCGUGGUCCCAUGGUGUUUAUACUUGCGUACUAUUGUUUGUAUAGAUGGACGUGGUACCUUCAGGCGUUUGGAAAUUGCUCCCAAGGAUGAACCAGACUUGUGGAGGUCUACCAUUUUUUUUUUUUCUUUUGAUUUUCCCAUGAUGUCAAGCAAAGAGGCACUGCGUUUGAAGGUAGGCCUUGAAAUACAUCCACAGGUACACCUCCAAUUGACUCAAAUGAUGUCAAUUAGCCUAUCAGAAGCUUCUAAAGCCAUGACAUCAUUUUCUGGAAUUUUCCAUGCUGUUUAAAGGCACAGUCAACUUAGUGUAUGUAAACUUCUGACCCAUUGGAAUUGUGAUACAGUGAAUUAUUGUGACGAGGUGUGAAUGAAGGAGUCAGGCGCAGGAGGUAAAACACCGAAGUCCAGAGUUUAUUCCGUUUACAUAAAUCAAACGCUCCCAGCAUGAAAACAAAACUAAUACAAGGGAAAAUAUUCCACCUUGGCAAGUACAAAUAGAAGAGUAGCUCAACCAAGCUACUCGCUCUCACAAUAAACAAUCACUCACAAAGACAAGGGGAACAGAGGGAACACUUAUACACAUACUAAUUAGGGGAAUGAGCACCAGGUGUGUGUGAUUGACAAGACAUGACAAGUGGAGUGAUGAGAAUGGGAUCGGCAGUAGAUAGUAAGCCGGUGACGACGAACGCCAAAACCUGCCCGAACAAGAAGGGGAGGCAGCCUCGGCGGAAGUUGUGACAAUUAUAAGUGAAAUAAUCUGUCUGUAAACAAUUGUUGGAAAAAUUACUUGUGUCAUGCACAAAGUAGAUGUCCUAACCGACUUGCCAAAACUAUAGUUUGUUAACAAGACAUUUGUGGAGUGGUUGAAAAACGAGUUUUAAUGACUCCAACCUAAGUGUAUGUAAACUUCCGACUUCAACUGAAACUAGAGAACAAGAAAAGGUAUAUUACUUUCGUCUUAUGUUUGAUCUUCUGAAAAAUCAAACUGGUCCAAUAUGAAAAAAUGAGGUGCAACAAUGUGAAUGAUUAAUAUAUUAAAGACUUGACUGAGGAAAUAAUUAAUUAUAUCCUAUGGUUUUCAUGGGAUAAUUACCAAAGUUGACUAAUCAUCUCCUCUAGGGCAAUACAAAAAGACAUGGUGUUUUUAUUUAUUUAUUCCUUAUUUGUGUAUAAAUUCUACAGGUACAUUCUCAGUGUGGCCUGAUUGCUGUGGCCUGAUUGUAUUAGUUAGUAAUAAUGAGUGCAGGUCAGCUCAUCUGCUUACCCAUUACAUCUCUAUGAUCAGUGACCAGUGUGCUGCUGUAGCCAAGGUGAAACCCAUGCUUACUCUUCACACUCAGGCCAUUCUCAUGUAAUUUGCCCCUGGUGUUGCUGUUGCUUGGUGAAGGAAAUCAGAUCACCCCUCUAAUUGGCUAUGCCAGUCUGUAUGCACCAGUGGCGGUCAGUGCCGUAGGUUCACACAGGUCGAGAGACACAUUUUAGGUGACAGACAGUGACACAUGGACUGACAGUUCACUUUCAUAGCAGCCACGUUGUAUUCCUUCUCGCAUCUAUGCGCUCUCCUCCUUUCACCUCUUCCCUUCGCUUGUGGACUUCAAUGCACAACACAUCAGCUGUAUGUGACCAGACGAAAAAACCUUUCCAAGCCAAACCGCUACACACAGCCUACAUCGUUGUCACCAUAUUUGCUAAAGUAACGUCAUAGUCAGCAUAGCUAAUAGAACUAACAUGUUAGUAAACCCGCUACAAUCAUGCAGUAACGUUAGUGUACAGUCAGUAAGCAGUUACACCGGCGGCCCCGGUGGCAAUAAAUUAGUAAAACCAAAAGCUUACCUUGACUAGGAAGAGUUCCAUUGUUGUGUUGGAUAGACAUAGCCAGCUAGCUAACAUAGCAUCCCUCUGUUUGAGGCGGGUGUUUCAGUAGGCUGAACUAGCUAGAAACUGAAAGUGGAAAAAAAUGACACUCUUUCUCUCAUACUUCUCCAUUUUGUAAUAAAUUAGUUUGUUAAAAACUGUUCAACUAUUGUCUUUCUCUCUCUUUGAGUCAACUACUCACCACAUUUUAUGCACUGCAAUGCUAACAACAUGUCAGUUCAUGCUGCAAGAGCUCUGAUAGGUUGGAGGACGUCCUCCGGAAGUUGUCCUAAAUACUGUGUAAGUCUAUGGCAGGGGGUGAGAACCAUGAGCCUCCUAGGUUUUGUAUUGAAGUCAAUGUACCCAGAGGAGGACGGAAGCUAGCUGUCCUCCGGCUAUACUAUGGUGCUACCCUACAGAGUGCUUUGGAGGCUCUGCAGACCUUCUUUACAAAAUAGUGUGUUUUAUUCAAUUAUUUGGUGACGUAAUUAUAUUUAAUAUAGUUUUAUCUAAAAAUGAUAACUUUUUAAGUGUUUAAAAAUAUAUAUUUUUAUGAAAUUCACUGAGGAGGAUGGUCCUCCCCUUCCUCCUGAGGAGCCUCCACUUGUAUACACCAGAGGCUACAGUAGCCACCCCACUACUCCUAGUAACAGUCAGUCACACAGGAUUCUGUUCACACUGCCCUGGGCCAAUCAGAAGCUCUCCAGGGUGAGAGGCCUGUCAGUCAAGGGGUUUUAACUCUUCUGAGAGAUGACCUCCAUGCUACUGUAGUCUUCACAGGUUGAGCACAUUCUCUCUUGCUCUUCAGUCCCAGGAGGGUGACACAGAUCAUAUGGAGGAAUCUCUUAAGUGGAAGAGGCUGACAGCCAAUGUCAUGAAUAACAUGUUUGCCCCCGUCUUGGUUAUGCCUGUAACCAACACACUGAACAUAGCUUUAUUUUUGAGAAGGACUUUGAACUCAUACACUAUUGGUUAAAGAACUAGUUACAUUCUGCAUAUUUGGGGUGGAUAGAUUGAUUAUACUGUGUUCCCAGUCUGUCCUAACCAUUUGUUCCAUUGCCCCGUAGGGUAAGGAAAAGUUCCUGGCCAUUUUGCACCGCUACAUGGAGAUCCAUGGGACUGUCUAUUAUGAGACACAGCGCCCUCCAGAGGUGCCUGCUUUUGUCAAAAACCACGGCCUGCUGCCCCAACAAGAGCUGCAACAGCUGCUCAGAAAGGCC